AUGAAAGCUCCGGGAUCCGCAUCCCUUACAGGACGGACGGCCACCUCCUCAGCCAUGGGUGGAUGCACUUGCAGUCGCGUGUAUCCACAACCAAGGUCCACGGACGACUGCGCCCUCAACACCACCUUGGAAGGGAACAUGCAAAGCAGCAUGGAUCUCUUCUCCGCCGCCUGCGAGAACUUCGGUCUGAUCAUCGACGCGGAGAAGACGGUUGUCGUGCACCAACCGCCUUCCAACACAGCCCACAAUGCGCCGCAAAUCAGCGUGAACGGAACUCGACUGCAAGUGGUGGAAAUCUUCACGUAUCUGGGCAGCACCCUAUCCCGCAGCACCAAAAUUGACAACGAAGUGGCCCACCGGACUUCGAAAGCCAGCCAAGUCUUCGGUCGUCAUCAAAGCACAGUUUUGAAUCGUCACGGUCUUCAGCUCAGCACGAAAUUUAAGAUGUAUAAGGCCGUCAUCCUGUCGACGUUGCUGUUUGGACCAGAGAGUUGGACGGUGUACAUGAAGCAGGCACGCCGACUCAACCACUUCCACCUCAGUUGUCUUCGUCGCAUCCUGAGGCUGAAGUGGCAGGAUCGAAUCCCCGACACUGAUGUGCUGGAGCGGACGGGAAUCCUCAGCAUCUACGCCGUGCUGAGACAACUGCAAUUACGUUGGAGCGGCCGCCUCGUGCGGAUGGACAACGAGCGGCCACCCAAACGACUCUUCUACGGAGACGACGCCAGGGAUUCCCGCCGCCAAGGAGGCCAAAUUCCUCGAUACAAGGACACACUGAGGACUUCCCUGAAGCGUCUGCUGAUCAACCCGGCCAAAUUAGAAGGUCUCGCGCGAGAACGACCGACCGAACCACUACUUCCAUCCUCCCCUCUCUCCUCCUCCUACUCCUCCUCCUCCUCCUCCUCCUCCUCCUUCUCCUCCUCCUUCUCCUCCUCCCCCAGUGCCUCAAUGUCCGCCGUUGUGGCGUCUGCCAUGCACAUCAACACUACUCACAAUCCUGACGCAGCAACAAACACCAACAGCACCACCGUAGACACCAGUGAUAAGGACCUGAUCUACACCUGUCCUCAUUGCGACUGCACCUUCACCCCACACAUCGGUCUGGUCGGUCACUUGCGAAUCCGUCUUACAGAGACUGGCGAACCAGUGCCUGGAGCACCAACCCACAUCCACCGCACCCUCUUCCACUAUCCACACUGCCUUCGCAAUUCCAUGCAUCGUAUGGGCCUAUUCGUUCACAUGUGUAUCUACGGGAGCGGAAAUGACCGCAGUUCUGACACUUCACACACACCCACCAUGCCUAACUCCCCCUCACUCCGUCGCCCUGUGCGCCCCCCGCCACCAGCUCCAUGCACACCCUCCACCCUCAGCCCCACCCACACCUUGUCGCUUAGUUCGCCCAUCACCACAACCGUCUCCAGAGCUGGCACUGACUUCACCGACUUCUCGAGUCCACACUGUCCCCGCACACUCACCUCACGCAUCGGUCACUUGCGAAUCCAUCGGACAGAGACUGGCGAACCAGAAGCACCAACCCGCACCCGCCGCAUCCCUCUCCACUGUCCAAACUGCUCUCGCAGAUUCCUGCACCGCAUGGGCCUAUUCGGCCACAUGCGCAUCCACGAAAACCUGCGGCAGACAACCGCCGGCCGCAAAACAUCAUCACAUUCUCCACCAGCACCAUCUCCUCGCGCAUCAGCACCCCCCACUACAGGCACCCACUUGUCACCUCCCACGCGAGUGGGAAGUAUGGGUCUCGACUCGGUCUCCAUGCGACCCCUGCUGCAUGAGUGA